CUCCCGGCCGGUCCUCGGCGGGCUCAGGUGCCGCCGCGCCGCUCCGCUCCGAGGGCUGAGAGACACGAGGUGAGGCCAGUGCCGCCUCUGAACGGCUGACGGGUGGACGUGAGGGUGUCACGGACCGCGCCGCGCCGCCUCUGCCACGAUCGAAAGGUCACGAGUGCUCGAGCAGUGGUGGACACGAGCCCAACGGGACCGACAGCACUCGAGUUGACGGGACUUGUUACCGACGAACUCUGUUACCGAACAAGCUGGUGAAUCUACCAACAGUGCCUGUAAAAGGGACUCGAAAGUUUGUUUUACAUCACACAAGUGUCACCUUCCAAAAAGUGAUCAAGACUGGCGUCGGGUACCGGCUGAAGACUCCGUGACUUGGAGACCUGUUGCCAUCGAUACUCGCGCAGCGUGUGACAAAGUAUCGGCAAUAACAUCGAGAAACUCGUCGCCUCUGACGCCCUCCGUCGCAUCCGACGUUCGGCGGCUGACGUCUGGUUUUAUCCAGUCGCCAUGGUGACAGCCAUCCGCCGGUGACCCUCAGAGCAGACAGUGCAGAGACGGACAGUGCGGCGCGGGGACACGGCUGGCGGCAAUGUCCACGGGACUGGCGAUGGUGCCGCUUCUGGUGCCGCUGCUGGCGGCGGUGUUAUCCGUCUCCGCAGCAGCGGACGUCAGGCUGGUGGAGAAUGUGUACAAAGGAUUGGUCAUCGGCAUCGACGACAGGCUGGAGGCUCAUCGUUGUCGAGAGAUCAUCGAUGGUGUCCAGGCGUUGAUGACUGAAGCCUCAGCCCAGCUGUACGCGGCGACCAAUCAGCGGGCCGCGUUCGGUGACGUCACCCUGGUGCUGCCCGACUCGUGGCCGGACAGCUGCGCUGAAGGGGACCGUCCUCGAGUGACCCCGACCGAGAGCUACUUGACCUCUGACCUGCGGGUCAGCCUGGCACACCCGGCGCACGGCUCUGAGCCGUGGACCCACCAGACGGGACAGUGUGGUCAGCCGGGCGCCUUCGUACAAAUGGACGCCGCCUUUGUCACAUCGGAGGACGAAACUGUCACCGACAGAGCGGUUCGAGUGGUGCAGCAGUGGGCCCGCUACCGCUGGGGUGUGUUCGAGGAGACUGGGUUCGCCGGCGACCCUCUGUACCCGUCCUACCAUCGGCAGACGGGAGACCUGUGGCAGCCCACAGUCUGCUCCACAGGCUCCGUCCGCGGCACUGUGACUCCGCCCGGGUGCGACCGCGGCUCCAACACCUGCACGUUCGUGCCGACCGAGGAGGCCGCUAACGUCACCGACGGCACGUCGCUGCUGUCGCUGCUGCCGCCCGGACAGCCGGGCCAUCUCUGCAACUCCAGUACCCACGACCGGGCGGCGCCCACCCGACACAACCUGCUCUGCGGCGAGCGCUCCGUCUGGGAGGUGAUGGAGCAGCACGAGGACUUCCGCCUGGGUUCCAACCCACCGAGCCACCGACCAGCCGCUCCGCCGGUCACCGUGCGCACCGCCCGCGCCGCCCCCGACCGGCUCUUCUUCCUGCUGGAGAGCUCUGCAACAAUGCGCGUCCGCCACCGCUGGGACCUGGUCAGCAGCUCGGUGCGCAAGUUCGUCAACUGGGACGCUCCUGCCGGCGCCCGGGUGGGCAUCGGCCACUUUGGCGGCUCGUACCGCACGGACCGGCCGGUGACGGCGGUGCCCGAGUCGCUGAUGGGCCGCGGCGAGCUGGUGAACCUGCCACCCGUCGCCGAUGACGUCCCGGAGGAACAGAAGAGCUGGCGCCAGGCGGUGGACGGGGCGCUCACGGCGCUCGGCGAGGAGGCGGCCGGAGCCAUCCUCUUCUGGGUGACCGGCAACGGCAACGACAGCAGCGUGGCGCCCUCCAGGGAGGACGUGCACUACAUGAUCCGGAUACUCACCGAGAAACAGACUCGUCUGGUGGUGGUGUUCUACCCUCACCCGACACGCGGCCUGGCUCGGGUGGCCCGUGCCACCGGCGGCGCCGUGCUCUCCGUCUCGGACGUGGCUGCCGGCGCGCUGACCGGCAUCGGCGUCUUCCACGAGCUGAGCGAGGCGUACCGGCUGGCACUGCGCAGACUCUCGCGGCGCCGCCGGCUGCCCGUGCGAGUCGAGGACAAGGAGUUUGUCGGCGGCGGGCCGCAGGUGCGAGGCAGCUUCCUGCUGGAUGACACCGUCGGGGGCAACACCACGCUGGCGGUGAUGUACAGCCAGAAGACCGACAUCGGCUACGUCCGACUGCAGAGGCCAGGGGGAGAGAUGGAGCCCGUGUAUACCUACACGGAUACGACGAACCACCUGCAGUAUGCCCGAGUGGAACACGAGCCCGGUCUCUGGACGUACGAGGUGGACAGCGCCGCACCCGCCGGCGGCACUGUGGUUGUGCAGGUGAACGCCGACCCAGCACCGAGCCCGAAUGACGAGCUCCGACUGGAGGCCUGGACCAACGCCGCCGCCACGGGGGACGUGCUGAACGCUACACGCACGCCGCUCAUCAUAUACGCGUCGCUGAUGAAGGGCGACGCGGCCAUUCUGAACGCCGAGGUUCACGCGGUGGUGGCGCGGCCGGACGGACAGCGGGUCCGAGUCAAACUGCUCGACAACGGACUUGGAGAACCGGACGUUCAGCGCGGAGACGGCGUCUACUCUCGCUACUUCACCGACUUCGGUUCCGUGCCGCGCACCCCGGACCGGCGGCUGACCAUCCACGUGGAGGCGGGCGGCUCUCGGGCGCGCGUGGUGACCGGCCGGGACCAGACCGUGCCCUGCUGCGGCUCAGUUGUGCUCGGCGUGCGCACGGCACCCCUGCCGGAGCUGCGGCGAGCCGUGGCCGCCGGCGUGGUGCGGCUGGCGGGCAUGCCGCAGUCCGGAGACGACCCGUUCCCGCCGGGUAGGAUCACAGACCUGCGAGCGGAGGUCAACCCAGAGGAGAGGACGGUCACCCUGCGCUGGACCGCGCCCGGCGACGACUUUGACCGGUCCGACGGCAGAGUGUUCCGCUAUGACGCCCGGUACUCCACGGACCGGGACCACCUGCGGGGCGACUUCAGCGGCGGCUCGCUGGUGCGGGGCUGGAGUAGCCCGGAACCGGCCGGCUCCCAGAGCUCGGCCACCGUCCGGCUCGACACCGUCGACGGCGAGCUGCUCUUCCUGGCCGUGCGCGGCCGGGACGCCGCCGGCAACCGCGGCGCGCCGUCCAACGUGGUGUCGUUCGUGGUGCCGCCGCCGCCGCCGACCACCCCGCCGCCGCCGGCGCCCACCACGGCCACGCCGGCGCCGACGCGCGCCCUGCUGCGCGGUCAGUCGCUGCUGAUCGUGGCGGCCAGCACGGCCGGCGCCGCGCUGCUGGUGCUGGUCCUGCUGCUGGCCUGCUGCUGCUGCAGGAGGGGCCGGCGGGGUGGCAAGGCAGACAGAGAGACCGGCGGACCGCGGGCGAACGGAGACGCCAGCGGCGCGUACAAAACCUCCAUGCCGCCCGUGACUAUAUCCAGCGAGGUAGACAAGAAGGGACCGGCCGGAGUGGUGGCGUCGGACGGAUCUGUCUCACAGACGCCCGUCAUGUGGACGGCAUCGGACAUCCUGCAACAGCCGGACGGCCGGCCGCCGGCGCCCGACAGCGGCUACGGCGGCCUGUCGGCCAGUCGCGCCGGCUCCGGCCGCGCGCGCUACAACAGCUACCAGACGCCGUACGGCGAGGACAUGGUCUAUGACGGCCGCUCGGUGGCCAGCUCACAGCCGUCCGACUCGUUCCCGUCCAUCUCCAGCGAGGCGCGACACGCCGCCGCCCUGUCCGAGGCCGGCGCCGGCUGGCCCAGCGACCGCGACUCGCCGCUGCGGCCCGGUCUGCCCGGAGGACUCGCGCACUCCAGUGGCGACCUGGCGCCCGGUGAGACGACGCCCACCGAGCUGCCGCCAGGGAUGAAGAUGCUGCCCACGCACGGGGAGAGGAGCAGCGCGGCGCUCUCCUACGUGCAGGGCCGGAAACGGCGUAACAUCACCCAGGUGUAGCCGGCAGAGCGGAGGUACAGGGGUUGCCGCUCAGAGGUCAGAGGCUGUGUGGCGUAUGAUGAGCGCGGCAAGUCUGCUCUGGACGCCAUGCGCGAUGGAGAAACGGACUCAAACGAGCCAAAGGUGAUACUGCUGGAGUCGUGCGACUCAGGUGUGGUUGCUACGCCGCUAAAUGUAUAGCUCACGCUGGGACAGCUCAUUGUGCACAGCGUUACCUACCGUUGCUGAGAUAUAACGAUCGUAUUUUUGGUCAUUUGAUAGCACUAGACACCGUUUUGUGUCCAGUGACGCAUGUCGCGCAGGUGUGGCUUAUUCGUGCUCAGACUUUGGCUAGACUUGCGAUUGACUGUCGCAUAGAGCACCCGAGAUGUCGGUCUCCGCGCCGCCUGCUACGAGUAGAAGCCCCUUGAGUGAAGAUCUCUGGUUCUGGUGACCCUUGCAAACGAACGAAAACGCGAACGCACGAAAUAUCGAUAGCCUGUUAUGUAUUUUCUACUGUUGAAUGUCUGAUGAGUUGAUGAUGAUGUGAGUGAUGAAGUCAUGUGUAAAUGAGCCUAUGCGGGAUGGAGAAAGCGGAUGGGGUCUAGUCAAGAUGCCAAUACAUCGCUUUCGUACAAAA